UCACAUCAAUUUAUCUAUAAAUAGGCACAAUUUCUAUGCAAACUUAUAACCUCAUAACACAAACUUAUAAACAAUAUCUGUUAUUAUCAAAAAUGAAGAUGGCUCUUGUCUCCCUCACAACAUUAUUUUUUAUUGCUUGUUUGGCUACAUUUGCAUAUGCAUCAGAUCCCAGCCCUCUCCAAGAUUUUUGUGUUGCCGUUAAAGAUGCCGAUGCAGCUGUUUUUGUGAAUGGGAAGGUCUGCAAGAACCCUGAUAUGGUUGUGGCCGAAAAUUUCUUUUUUCCGGGUUUAAACAAGUCUGGAAAUACUUCUAAUCCUGUUGGAUCAAGAGUCACUCCUGUUAACGUAAACCAAAUUCCAGGUCUCAACACUUUGGGCAUUUCUGCUGUUCGUAUAGACUAUGCACCAAACGGUUUGAACCCGCCCCACACUCACCCGCGUGCCACUGAGAUUCUAGUUGUGAUGGAAGGCACUCUUUAUGUUGGCUUUGUCACUUCAAAUCCAGCUAAUCCCGCCUUGAAAAACAAGCUCUUCACAAAGUAUUUGUACCCAGGGGAUGUUUUCGUCUUUCCAGAGGGUUUGAUACACUUCCAAUUCAACGUGGGAAAAACCAAUGCUGUCGCUUUUGCUGCUUUAAGUAGCCAAAAUCCAGGUGUCAUUACUAUUGCCAACACAGUAUUUGGGUCGGAUCCACCAAUUAAUCCAGCAGUUCUGACAAAGGCAUUCCAAGUCAAGAAGAACGUGAUCGACUAUCUUCAAGCACAGUUCUGGUGGAACAUCGAUUAAAUAAAGAGGUUAUCAUCAUAAAAAUAUUGUUAAUUAAGCUAAUAAGUUAUAUAUAUAUUGUCUUAAAUAAAACAAUAGUAGUGUUUAAUUAUGUAAUCUUUGUGUGUAUGUACUUCAUUUGUCUGAAUAAAUGAAAUUGAGAUUUAACUAUAGUUUAUGUAUGAUUAUCUUUAUUCACUAGCAACUGACCUGGAGUUAGUUUAUUGUUACAACGUUAAGAUAUUUUUGUGAAAAUGUAAAUUUUAUUGAAUAUACAUAUAUAUGAAAAUAAUCCCAAUUUUAAUCAUUAUAAUUUUAGAUGAUCACAGAAGUAUAUAUAACAUCAUAACUUUCUAGGGAAAAUUACAGUUUAUGUCCCUAAACUUUACCACUAAAACGAUUUAUGUCCUCAAACUUUUUCAUCCACGAAAUAUAUCCUCAAACUUAGCACUUUUUUACAAUUUUUGUUCCGCAAUCAACUUCG